AUGGAUGUUGUCGUUUAUCUCGCACUUGCCGUUCUCUGCGCCGUUUUCAUCAUCUCCCUAGUCCUUUUGGUGGUCAUGUGUCGGCGGAGGUACGAAUACAACCGACUGUUAACUGCUCACUCACUGAGGUUCUCCAAACUCAAACGAGAAAACAUGGAUGAUUUUGUGGAGUUGAGCCCUUAUCUUUGUAAGUUCCUUGGCUUUUUGUUGUUUUGGUUUAGGUGGCAACAGGGAUUUCGAAAUUCUUUUUUUGUAGGAGUUCUUAUUCGCGGUAUGGUGCAGCCAUACAGCGGACAGGGACGUGCCAAACAGCAAUCUUUUUGUGGAUUUCUGAAGCCAUUUGCAAACCGAAAGAGCCGGAAUCCAAUCGAAAUCUAAUUAAUCUGUUUCAGCACAAGCCCUAAGCAACAAUGAAUGGGUGUUUGAUGUAAAUGGAGUUCUGGAACACUCCGUAUGCAUCCUCAAGCUUUGCCAUGUGAUAACCGACAAGCUCUCAUCAGUGUCAUUGGAGGAAGUGAGCCCUCAACUGAACGAAUUGAUCUGCGAAGCCACUGCCAGAGUUGUACCUCGAUUUGAUGCCGUCCUUCAAGCUCUUGCUGCCCGCAAAGUAGAUGUACGGCUGACGGAAGCGCGGGUGACGGCACUCACGACGGCCGUGUGGGCUUUAAUUCAACCUUUUUGUAUAUUAGACCCCAAAUAUAAGGAGACCUUCGGCCCCAUGUUAAACGAAAUGGAUGAACAUCAGCGAUUUCUUGCCUACACUAUCCAACGAGCAGAGGAAGUUAUAGUCCAAGAAACGGACGAGACAAAAACCCCCUCAACCUCGAUAGCUGUGGAGAACAGGAAGCCCGCCACUCCUAAUGGGAAAGUGGCAACCGCCACUUCAUUGGAGCCCACGUCUGCAGCAAAUGAGACCCUUUUGAAAGCUGAACCACCGGAUGAAAAUGGCCCCACACCUCCUCGGUUAGACGAAACUACGCCUCCUGCUGAUCCCUCAACGUCAUGA